CACGUCAAAAGGAGCAUGGUUAGGUAUAUACACAAUUCAGGGAAGGAUAAAUGUCGUUUCGAGGUACUUAGAACCAGAAGCUGGCGGACUGGUGGACUUGGCGAAUUGCGUCGCUCCCGACUCACUGCUUUUUGGUGGCCCGGACAGGCUGAGCGACCAGUGUACGGCAUCAAUGUCUGUCACAGCAAUCGCCAUGGUGAUACUGUGUGUAUGUACAUGUCGUAAGGAGGCGACCCCAACUUCGACAUGCAUGUCCUGGGUCCAGGAAGCCCGACGAGAUUUCGGAGCCACUGGGUCUGAUGUGAAAGUUCAUGGGGAACUUCCCUCGCCGCGGAUAAGUGCAGCCGUGGCGCUACAGACAUUGAUACGCUCUGGACACUGCCUCAAAUGGGCGUCGUACUGGCGUUGGGGUGCACAGGCCGCAGUGCUAAGACAAGGGCAGCAGAGUGAACACUGUCUGGAGGUCAUCUCACCAUGCCAUGUGAAACGGAGGACAGAAACCGACAAAGAGCGGCUGAUGGCCCAAAGGGGAGGGCGACGGCGGGCUGGACGAUGCACCUGGUGCCAUGGGGGAGGCUGGAUUGGAGUCAAACACUCUGUCACUGUGGAGAUUACGUAAUAUUGUAGGAGAGUCCGCGCCAGCGCUAAGUCGCCCUACCCCAACAGAACUCA